AUGGGGCUCGGCUCGCGCGGUGGCUGGGCCGUGUUCCUCGUGGGGGCGCUGCUGGCGCUCGCGCUGCUCAAGGCCGUGGUGGACAGCGAAGUCCCGACGGGGAAUACUGUACUUGUGUCUGCCAUCAAUAGAAGUGAAUCUUCCAGCAGCACUGUGAAACCAUCUACAAAACCAGUUUCCCCAGUGACAAACACCACCUCGAAAUCCUCAGCAAAGCCAUCAACAACUCCAGUUUCUUCAAAAAAUGUGACAGCCGUCACCUUGAAACCCAUAGCAACUUCUCAGAUGACAACACAAGGGGUCUCAGCAAAUAUGACUUCCACCACCUUAAAGCCUACCCCCAAAAUAACAACUGCUUCACAGCACACAUCCCAGGUGUCGACAUCCUCGAUGGCCACAACCCACAAUAGUUCAGCGACAUCUGUUUCUUCCUCGGUAACAAUCACAGCAACUAUCAAUUCCAAAGAAAAUAAAGGAUCAAAAUUUGAUAUUGGCAGCUUUGUUGGUGGUAUUGCAUUGACCCUGGGAAUUCUAUCUAUUCUUUACGUUGGAUGCAGAAUGUAUUAUUCAAGAAGAGGCAUUCAGUACAGAACCAUUGAUGAACAUGAUGCCAUCAUUUAA